CAAUACCGGCGUCGCUUUUUUCUCAUCUAGCGGAGAUGAUACAGAAGAGAGGGGUUGGACGGGAAACUUUACGACUUCUAUCUAUUUGUCUGUCUGCCACCGCUGCCACCGCUGCUGCUACCACAUGCUGCUGCCCGUGCGCUACUCUUCACGAUGCGCCAGCGGCAUCGAAUACAGUAUAUAUUGCAUAUACCUAUAUAAUCAAGACGAUUGCUUCGGUCGCGUGGUGCGUCGUCGUGGUUCCAGGGGUAGGCAGUGAGAAAAAGGAGUCGUGUUCUGCGACUCUCUCUCUCUCUCUCUCGGGGCCUGGGCCGGGAACGGUCACGUAAGCAGCCGUCCGGUUUCUAGGUAUAGCAUUCCAGUAUCUCACCUUACACGCACCCGUUUCCACGUACCCGAUGCCGCCCCCCCCCCGCCGAUCGCUGCCUGCUGGUGUGCGAAGACAAGCGGAUGGCUGCAGCGGCCGGAUGCUGGAUACUUUCCGUCGGGCACGAUGUGCUUCCCACUCUCGUCACCACCACAGUAUCUGUUGCCAUCAUGGGGGAGCAUCGUAGACUAUAGGUACCGAGGUAUUAUAUGGCAUUGUAAUGCAAAUGUGUGUGUGUGUGUGUGUGUGUGUGUGUGUGUGUGUGU